UAAAAAGAAAGAAAGAAAGAAAGCAUCUUUAAACUUAAAAAACUCUUCUUUGUGAUAGUAUAUACUAUAAUACUAAUCUGUUUAUUAAUUUCUUCAUGGAAUGGCUUUUCUGAUAUGGGCCUGUUGUGUAUAUAUAAUCAAGUGUCCACCACAACAUGACAAAUCUCCUUUCCACCAAUGCCCUUCUGCUUUCCAGCCAAACUUACAAGCCUACAAAAUCACUAGCCAAAACAAAAUAAAUAAAUAUGAGAGAGAGAGAGAGAGAGAGACAGAGAAAGAGAUACAAUAUUACAGCUCAAUAAUCUUCCCCACCAUAGUUCAAUAAAUAUAGAAUUAUAAUACAGAGAGAUAUGAAUAUCUCAACAGGUACAAACACAGAAGAAUUGAAGGCAAAAAAAGAAGUUUGUCAAAAGAGAAAUAUAUAUAUUGAUUUUAAGAUGAUAAAACCAAUAGAUUGAAGAGAAGAGGAGUUAAACUAGCUGAGGUAAUGUCUUGUUUUUGCUCAGCUGUCAUGACCCCAUUUGAGGAAUAGUCCUCAUUUUUUUUCUGUACACACACACAAAAAGAACAGGAAGCAACUCUCCUCUUCUUCUUUCCAGAUCAGAUGACAAAAAAGAGGCAAAAAGGAAGAGAUAGUGAAUCAGAGGUUCAAUGUUUGUUUUUAUUAUUGUCAAAGACUUGAAGAGGAGUUUUGAGACAUGUCAAAGCAAACUACAACAACCAUAAUUGGAGGUGCUGCAGGUGCAAUAGCAUUCAUUUUAGUGGUCAUAGGACUUGUUUGGUUCUGCAAAUUUCAAUGGCAAAAGUAUACAAACAAGAGUUCAGACACAGGUUCAUCAGAUCCAUCUGCACUAGUGGAAUGGAAUAGAAGGGGAGAGAGCUCAUCAGGUGUGGAGAAUCUAUCUCCAUUUGGACCGGUUGGAGCAAGGCAGUUCACAAUGGAGGAGAUGGAACAAGCUACAAAACACUUCAAUGAAAGCAAUCUCAUUGGUUAUGGAAGUUUUGGCACUGUGUAUAAAGGUUUUCUCCAUGAUGGUUCUGUUGUGGCUAUCAAAAAGCGUGCUGGUUCGCAUAGACAAGAAUUCGCUGUCGAGGCAGCUUCCUUAUCAGAGAUUCGUCACCGAAAUUUAGUUACUCCACUUGGUUAUUGCCAAGAACGUGGAUCCCAGAUGUUGGUUUUUGAAUACUUACCAAAUGGCAGUGUUUGUAAUCACUUGUAUGAUACUGGAAAAGAUCCACCAACUAGACUAGAAUUUAAGCAAAGACUAUCCAUUGCUCUAGGGGCAGCUAAAGGUUUAUGCCACUUGCAUAGCCUAAAGCCUCCAAUGGUGCAUAAAAACUUCAAGACAGCCAAUGUUCUUGUUGAUGAGAAUUUCAUUGCCAAGGUUGCAGAUGCAGGAGUGGCAAAGCUGCUCGAAAAGAUCGAAGAAGCAGGUCCAUCCCGCUUGUCUAGUGUCAAUGUUUUCCAAGAUCCAGAGAUAGGAACAACAACAUCUGAGGCUGCAACAUCUCAAAUGAGUGAUGUGUACAGCUUUGGAGUAUUUCUUCUUGAACUUGUGACAGGACAAGAGGCCUUGCGCAACGAUAUAUUGGGAUCAAAUGCCAGCUUAGUUCAAUGGGUGGAAUCAAGGUUGAGUAUAAAUAAUUUUGUGGACCACCGUUUAGGGGGAAGCUUCACACUAGAGGGAAUGAGAGAUUUGAUCAAGUUAACUCUACAAUGUAUGAGUUUUCCAGGAAAAAGGCGACCGAAGAUGGAAAGAGUUGUCGUUGAACUCGAAAGAAUUCAAGAGAAAGAGAUGGAACUAACAACAGUUAUGGGGGAAGGCACUGCCACAACUAUCACUCUAGGAAGUCAACUAUUUAGUUGAAAAACCAGAAAGAGAAGCAAAGUUGUUGCUGGUGUUAGGCUUGAAAAUUUACCACAACAACAAUCAAACAACUUUGGCUUGGGAGUAAAAAUUGUUUUGGGGGAGAGAAAGGCAUAAAGUGAAGCUGAUUAUUUAAUUUUAUAUAGAUUCAUAUGAAUUUUUCAAAAUCACAACAAUGUAAAAAAAUAUAUAUGUAAUAUAUUAUAUUAGCCAUUUGAUGAAGAAAGUUUGCAUAGUACCAUUGUUAAUAAUUGUGUCUGUAAUUCAUUGAAAACAUAUGUCAUUUUCUGGUACUAUUACUGAGACCUCAGUCAGUCACAAGACUCAAAUGUAGUAAUAUUUCAUAACAUUUGGAUCUUGUGUUGGUAAGUAUAUGCAUAGUUUGAAACUUUGAGAA